AUGUCAAAAAGAGACAAUUUCUCGAGUGAAUUACCGCCCGACGUUGUGGAGGCUACUCUUCCAUUUUUAUCUCCUGAAGAUAUCAAAAAUCUUUCACUAACCAAUAAAUAUUACAAAAAGUUACUAGACUAUGAUUCUUCAAGGACUCUGUGGCAUGAUCUGUAUCAUAAGGACUUUGGUACCAUAUAUACAAAUACUGAGCCCUUUCAAUCUGAGAACCAUCAAAAAUUCAAGACAUGUUCUGAAACUAUAAUGGUUGAGCGCUAUCCCUAUAUGGAUUGGCAACAAAUUUAUCAAGCUCGAACAGACAAGGCCAACUUUUAUACUUGGGGCUGUCUAAGGCAUUCAAGACUUGGUUACACGGCAGCCUCGAAUACAAAUUUAACAGAUGGUGCCCUAAAUGGUGGCGCAAGAUUAAGUUCCGGGGUGAAUUGUCCAACACGAGUUCCUUGGUUCCCAUCUAAUGCUCCAGCUGAUGAUAGACCCAUAGUUCAAAUCUCCAGUGGGGGAUUCUCCUUUCAAAUUUUAACGAAAUCUGGAAAGAUUUUUACCACCGGUUCAACAUACACUGGAGGACACAAAGGGCCUGGUCCACGUGGAGCAGCUAAUGAUUACAAUCCAUUUAGAGAUGCAAUCCGUGCUCUAGAAAGAGGGUACCCUAGAAUAAGUGGACGUGGCCCUGUUACAGAAUUUCAUCCUAUCAGUACGACAGGUACAUUUCCACGUACAAUGCCUCUUCAUCACGGGCCUACCCCUGUACCUGCUCCUACGGGGCGCCUAAGUUCUCCUCACUCUAAUAUUUACAAAGAUCUGGAACAGUUAGGAGAGAGCGCAAAUGAGUAUGUUCCUGGAAAUAAGCAUAUAAGAAGGAUGCUGACAAGAAAUUCUUUUCCAAUAUAUUGUGAUCCUAACGAUUUACAUAUUGAGAAAAGUAAAUUUGGUAAGUUGAAAUUUGUUGCUAUUUCGUCUGGAAGAAGUCACUUUCUGGCAUUAGAUGACAAGAAUGAUAUUUACUCGUGGGAUAACUCAGAAUCAGAGCACGGUGUCAAAAUUAUAUUUGAUAAUUUACCAUCCAAGAUAUCAAAUCCCAUUUUGAAAAUUGCCUGUGGUUGGGACUUUGAUUCUGUUUAUAUCUUCGGGAUAGGUUUGGUCUUAUGGGAAGAUCGUGAAGCCCUACAAAAAGGUAUGGAAGCAUCGCAUGCUUAUCAUGAGAUUAUACCGAACACAGGAGAAGUAAGUGGAGAUGAUAAACUCGUUGAUUUUACGUGUACCCAGGGCAAAACAGUUUAUUAUAUAACAAAUGCUGCUGAUACCUUAUACCAAUAUUCAAGUGGAACUAUCAGGAAAAUUAAACUGCCAAUAGAUGGGAAAAUAUCAAAGGUAACCUCUUGUUUUACCUCUUUAGUCGUAUUUGUUGAAAAUGACUGUUAUUCGAUACAGUUAAAGGAGGGAAAUUUAGAUAUAGAUUCAAUAAUGAAGCUGGUUUUGGAAGAUCCUGAUGAUUUUAUUAUAUCGCUGAGUGGCGGUGAUUAUCAUACACUGGCACUUACAAAAAAAGGUCAAUUAUACGUUUGGGGCGUUGAAAGUCAGUAUUCUGGCUGUUUUGGAAUUGGUCGACCAGAGCACAUUGUUAACGAGCUGCAUGUCGGAAGUUGGAAUGGUUCAAGAAAUGUGAAAGUUUCUAAACCGUUAAAAAUUACCUUAGACCAAGAUUAUAGCUGUGUUGCCAUUGCAGCAGGUGGUUGGCAAUGCGGUGCCUUGAUUAUUAAAAACGAUUAA